AGCAGAAGUGCAAAACUUGUUGUGUCACUGUGGACUAUAUUCUGCACGCAUUAGUGCUGCUGUCUUUCUCCGCCGACACGGGCCCAGCUCGGCAGCAUAAGGUCGUAUCAUCGUCUGUCCACGCUGUAAUAAUUCCGUUCUGUCGGUAUCAUGGCGCCCCGAAAGCCGAUCAUUGGCGUCAUGGGACCAGGGCAGACGAAUGUGCACACGGAGCCUGUCGACAAGCUUGUGGAACUAGCAACUGAGCUUGGCAAGCAAAUCGCAUCACACGACUGGAUUUUGCUGACCGGUGGACGCAGUCUGGGUGUUAUGGACGCGGCAUGUCGUGGCGCUAAGAGUGCUGGCGGAAUCACCGUUGGCAUCCUCCCUGGCCCCGAUGCAAGUGAUAUUAGCGACGCCGUCGACAUUCCUAUCGUCACGGGCCUGGGCUCAGCACGCGACAAUGUGAAUGCGCUGUCGUCUUCUGUGGUGGUGGCAGUGGGCAUGGGCCCCGGCACCGCAGCGGAGGUUGCGCUGGCCCUCAAGGCCCGCAAGCCCGUCAUUCUCCUUGCCACGCAGCCCGAGGCUGAGAAAUUCUUCAUAAGCCUCGAUGCCAGCCUGGUCCACGUUGCGGAGAAUGUGGAGGCGGCCAUCGUACAGGUGAAGGCGCUGCUGGCCACGCAAGCAACAGAGGCGCAGGCAGCGGAGGCGUAAAAGGAGCUCGGGGCCUCCGACGGGCAACACAGCAACUGGCAGGUUGCGUUCCGUGGGAACUGACACCACGGAGCCGCAAUGCUCAAAACUCAGGAGGAGGAGGAGGAGGAGGAGGAGGAGGAGGACAAGAAAUUGUGCAUGCGGAGCGCACACUUUUGUUUCCGUUAUUAAAGAAGGAACUAGUAAGCCAUAAUAAGAAGAUAAGUGAACGUGUGAUGCCUGCGGGGAUGUGUGUGCAUGCGUACGUGUAUGUGUAUGUGUAUGUGUGCGUAUGAACAUGGAACGGUGAGGCAGUCAGAUGCAGCGUGUUGGUUGGGUAGCAGCUCGCGCCGCACAGCAAUCGGCAUCGUUAAAUUGGAGAGGCAUGUCGGCAUCAUGAACUGGAAACGUGCUGUCCUAGGGGGCACGGCUAUGUCCCAGCUCAUUACGGUCUGCGUGGCGUUAGGGGCACGAUGGAAACUUUUCAUGAGGAUUUGUUUUCUGAAGUAUUGGGUUAUUGAUUGGUUGGAGUGUGCGGCAAGAGUGCGCCUGUAACGAUUUGUCCGCC